AUGGCCAGCGAUUUAGCCCCCGUUGCUCUGCUAGUGGCCGUCGCGCUGGUGACGGCCCUUUUCGUUGCCGCGAGAUCCAAACACGGCAGCCCAUCCCGGAAACCACUCAAGCUCCCCGUCAUCGGCGACCUCCACAGCUCGCCGCCCGAGAGGCCGCUCGCGAACUGGGACCGAUGGGCCAGGGCCAGCGGGCCGGUGGCCGCGUCCAAGCUCUUCGGCAUCGUCCCGACGGUCGUCCUCAACACCUCCGAGGCGGCCACGGAGCUCUUUGGGAAACGCGGAGCGCGCUACAGCAACCGGCCGAGCUCGGUGAGCAUGGAGAUGAUCACCGGGGCCUCCGGGCCGGGCAAGUCCAGGUUCACCCUGAUGCACGACUACGACGCCGACCUGAAGCUGCAGCACCGCAUGCUGUCGCCGAGCCUCGGGGCCGUCGCCGCACCCCGGUACCAGCCCCUGAUGGAGCUCGAGUCGAAACAGCUGUUGGUCGACCUGCUGAGCGCCACCCAGACACAGGGCGAAGACGACGCUGUCAUGGAGAGCACCGAGAUCUGCCACCUUCUCGAGCGCACGCAGGCCAGCGUCAUCCUGGGGCUGCACUACGGCAUCCGCGUCCCCUCCACCGGCGACCCCCUCUUCAACCAGAUCAUGGACGUGCACAGGGAGGUCACCUACGUCGCCGCCAACCCGGGCCUCGUCGACUUCGUCCCGCCCCUCCGCCACCUGCCUGCGCUCGUGUCGCCCUGGCGCCGCGCCGCGGACCGGCUGUUCAAGUCGCAGAGCGCGCUAUACCUCCGCCUGCUCUGCCAGGGGAUGAACGCGCCGGGCUGGAACGCGACCAAGCAGGCGCGCGCCGUGGCCGCCAAGAACGCCGUCGGGGGCGACUCCGCGCCGGAGCUCGACCUCGCCUUCGCGCUCGCCACCAGCGUGCAGGGAGGCAUGGAGACGGCCCCGCGGCAGAUGAUGUGGCUGCUGGCAGCCGCCCACGAGAACGGGGACUUUGUGGCGCGGGCGCACGCCGUCCUGGACAAGUUCGUGGGCCGCAAGCGGCCGCCGCGGUUCGCCGACCGGCCGAGGCUGUCGUACGUCGACGCCGUCGUGUCCGAGGUCGUGCGGUGGCGGCCGGUGGCGCCCGGGGGCGUCCCGCGGAGGGCGGACGAGGAGGACGAGGUCCACGGCACGCGCAUCGCCAAGGGCGCCACCGUGUUCGCCAACGCGUGGGCAAUCGGGCGCGACAGGGACGUCUUUGGCGAGGAGGCCGGGCACGUCGCGGCCUUCGUGCCGGAAAGGUGGCUGGACCUGGACGGGAGCGUGCGCGCCGACCUGCCGCUGGCGGUGUUCGGGCAGGGCAGGAGGAGCUGCCUCGGCAGGCGGGUGGCCACGGACAACAUGUUCAUGGUGUUUGCCAGUCUGCUGUGGGCCUUUGACAUCGUGCCCGUGCAAGAGGUCGAUACGAUGGCCAUGGACGUGGCGGGCUUCAUGACGAUGCCCUCGGCUUUCAGGCUCGGCAUCAAGCCGCGCGGGCCGUGGGUCGAGGAGGCGGUGCGGAGCAACUGGAAAGGGGCAGACAUGGAAUUUGGCAGGAUCAUGGGGGAAUGGGCAGACAUCGACACAUGA